AGGGUCGAGAUGUCGACGCGCGCGUGGACGGACCAGAAUAGACCGAGACAUGUUUGCUAUCAAGUAAAUUAUCUUCGAAUCAUUCCAUCUGGUCGAGCACGAUAAUUCCAAGACCCCGGAGCAUUGCGAAUAGACGACUGGCCACCAUGGAUCACGGGGCUAUGCGACGCGGCGGCCAACCCAGAUCCAGCAUUCCAGCCAAAAGAUCUGCCGCGGAUGCCCAAGAAGAAGCGUGGGUUGCUGGGGAGGACCGCUUUGUGCUCAAGCAAGCGAAGAAGAAGGCCAUCAUAAGAGCCCGCGCCGGUAGAGCGGACCCUAUCGAUCUGCUCGCCGUCACUCUACGUGCCCUGGACGCUACCCGGGACGGCUACGACAGCGACGACGAUGAGGAGGAACUGCCCGCCGUCGAUCCCGAGGGUGUCUUCGAAGGCCUCGACGACAUGCAGCUGCACGAAUUGGACAAGGCCAUCGACACAUAUCUGGCAUUGGAGCACAGCAGAAGUAAUCGCGACUUUUGGAAUACAAUGAAGGUCAUUUGCAAAGACAGACGGUGUGCUGCUCCCGGGAAACUACAGACCGCACGUGGCAUGUCAUCCGUCACUCCAGAAAUCGAUCGCUUGCUUGCCCCGAAGACGCACGAACAACUCGAGGCGCUGGAGAAGCAGGUCAAGGCGAAGCUGAGGUCCAACGACGAUAUUGAUGUCGACUACUGGGAAAACUUGCUCAAGAGCUUGUCCAUCUACAAGGCCAAGGCCAGGUUGCGCCAAGUCUCCAAAUCCGUUGUAGGUGCUCGUCUGCUCUCUCUGCGACAACAGCAAGAACAAGAAGCUCUGGCUCUGCAAAACAAAGUCAGAGGAAGCCUGGCUUCUGCCUCGCAGGCCUCCUCGGAAGAGCUUCAUCUGCAAGCAGGAGCGGCUGCUUCUCUAGACCCCGAGCCUCUACUGCGCUUGAAUCCGGAAGACAAGACUUUGGUCUCGUUGGAAGAAGAGGACUUCAAGCAGAAACUGAUCCAAGACAGACGCAGAGUCCUCAAACUGGGGUACAUUCCAGCUCGUAAUAGCAACAAAACACCGAGCACCGAUCUGGUGCCGUCAUCUGAACAAAAGCGUGACGACGUGUCUCGCGUGACAAGCGCACUAUACGACCGAGAGGCUGCGAGAGGCUUCAAUGAUAAUGAGGAGGCUUUCAAUGCCGAGGAAGACGUCUCGUCCGGAAGACCUAAAUGGGCCGACACAUACCGCCCGAGAAAGCCACGCUAUUUCAACAGAGUCCAGAUGGGCUAUGAGUGGAACAAGUACAACCAGACUCAUUACGACCAUGAAAAUCUUCCUCCCAAGGUCGUCCAGGGCUACAAGUUCAACAUCUUCUACCCCGACCUUGUUGACUCGACCAAAGCUCCCACCUUCCGCAUCGAGCGUGAGAAUGGUCGUAAACGAGGCGAAUCCUUCGCACCCGCCGGCGCCGAAGACACAUGCCUGAUACGCUUCAUUGCAGGUCCUCCGUAUGAAGACAUUGCUUUCCGCAUUGUUGACAAAGAAUGGGACUACAGCGCAAAGCGUGAGCGUGGCUUCAGAAGCAGCUUUGACAAGGUAUGUUGCAAAAUCUUCCUCCUUCCCAUAUGCAUGUGCGGAGCUCGGUCGAGAUGUGUUGGUACAUGCCUUCGUUUGAGUCUACGUCAAUCUUGUCAUUCUUGCCGUGCGUUAUGCCUUGCCGACGGCAGACACAGUGCACCGCAUCAUUCCGAGAGUGACUUCGAAGCAUACUGUUUUUCCGCAUAUAGAUGCUUCCAAUAUCUCGGCUCGAUGCCAUGCAGAUCAUAAUGCGUUGGUCUAAGCUUUUCUGACAUGUUACCACAGGGCAUUCUUCAGCUGCACUUCCAGUUUAAGAAGAUCUAUUACAGAAAAUGAGCGCCCAUUUCGCAUUGCCGCGUCAUGGCACCCCAACACAUCAGCGUCACCGAGCGGUCAGUCACUGCUCUAAAGAGCCAGGAAUACAACUACGACUUCAUGUUUUGCUGCAUGUCAAUUCCAAAUCAUGCAUACUCAGAAACGCUCAUUGGUCCGAAACAUGUGUAUCAUCGACGCCUUUGCUGCAGGGCCCGGCUUCACGCAUGUCUGUACACGGGAUCUCAGCAUGCUUUCGUUGUAGACUCAACAUCGCUUUGACAUCAGGCAGACCAUGAUCCACAGAGACCAAUGGUUGGGCUAAAGCUGCUCAUAUCGUUCUUGUGCUAACCCCAAAAGACGACU